UGUCUGAAAUUGUAAAAGUGCGAGCGCUGUAAUAGACGUACCGUGUAGCAAUGAACGUUCUACGUGACGAACAGACCUCGUUGAACAGCUUUCGUGGACUUGUGUUCCUACUUUUACCGUUACAUGUUCAUUUCGUUUUCGGCUCGGUCGUUGCUCGCUCGCCGGUGUUUUUCAACGCGCCCUCGGGUCGUACCUUAUCUAAUUAGCAAAUUAUCCAUCGGGUAGCAAGGUUGCAGUAAUUAAGUAGAUCGCGUCGUAUAAUAGUGUGCUAUAUCAGCGUAUUCCGUGAGGUUGUCGCAACGUAAACAAGUGUUAUUGAGUGCCAGCAAGGCACCAUGCGGUCGGCUGCAUUUCCAUAUGCCAAUUGAUUACAUUUCGAUAUUAACGCAACAGGACUGGUUAUAAGUGAUACAAGCAGUGUGUCGAUCAACACUUUCAUCCCUUUCGCUUAUUUCUUUCACCAUUAACAUAUUUAAAGUGAAUCAUUUGUGUUGAUGGAUUUGUGGUGAAACAUAAAUGUCAAUAAAAGUUCAAAAAUGGAUAAAAAGCUAGACCUAAUGUCUCUACUUGAGAGUGACACUUGGCAAGCUUCUGGUGACUUGUUGGAGAAUUUUUUCUCUCUGGAUCAAGGUUCAUUGAACUUUUUGGAAGAGUCACUGCCGGACUUCAAUUUAGAACCGGACUGGGUGACACAAACUGGAGGUCUGAGCAGUUCUGGUUCAGAUAGCGGAUUGUCCAGUGACCAUGCAGAACUUGAUUUUGAACAAGAACUAUCUCCGUACCUCAUUCAAAACAACGCCGAAGAACAACCAGCAUUGGAACCCAUGAGCCCUGAGAACAGUCAAGAUGUGAUUAUACAAGACGGCAACGAUUCAAGUAGCAAUGAGUCAAUAGAAGAUGCAAUUGAUAUGGUAGACUUUGAACAGAACGUCGUUCCAGGCUUCUUAAACAAAAGUACAUUCCAAAGUCCAGGCAAAGGCAAUAGAAAACGUCGUCUAUCACAUACUCCACAAGUUCCAAUCAAACCGAAAGUCCAAAAACCAGCUGUCAGUAUACCCGUGAAUGUACAAAAACCACAAUUAGUUGUAAAAGCUCAACCCCAGAAACCGCUUAAAGUCACCAAUAUCCAGGUUAUCAACCAGCAACCGACUAAGGUUUAUUCUAAACCGGUCGAGUCGGUUGCACCCCAGAGGCGAGUUAUAAGAGUUGCUCCUAUGGCUGGUAAUCCCCGAUCGAUUUUAUUACCAGUAACGAUCAAAGAUAUGAAGGAUUUAAAGUCUAUUAAGAUUAUAAAUGCAUCUGAUUUGAAGAACGCGUCUAAUAUAAAGCUUGCUGCAGCAAAUUUGCUGUCUCAAAGAAAACUGCAGGAUUUGAAAGUGGAAUCUCGCCGUGACUAUGAGUACGAACACGGCAGCAAUCAUUGCGACGAUUCCGGUAGUGAUAGAAGUGAUGAUGAUGAUGAUCCUAAAGAGAGCAAACUACCCGACGGUAAGAAUGGCUACCCACGUCUGGUUCUAACAGCUGAGGAAAGGCGACUUCUGGCUAAAGAGGGGAUAUCCCUCCCCACCAGUUAUCCCCUCACAAAACAAGAGGAAAGGGAACUGAAGAGGAUCCGCCGUAAAAUUAGGAAUAAGAUAUCCGCUCAGGACUCCCGUAAGCGCAAGAAGGAAUACGUCGACGGACUUGAAGAUAGAGUGAAGCAAUGCACUGCAGAGAACCAGACAUUGAUGAGAAGGAUCAAGUUGUUGCAGUCGCAGAAUCAAACACUAUCGGCGCAGUUGAAGAGGUUACAGAGCGUGUUAACUGGAGUAUCAACGAACACAAGCAGUAAGACCGCGCAGCCGGCGACCUGUCUGCUGGUGCUGCUGUUGUCUGUGGCGCUGGUGGCGCUGCCCUCUGUGCGGGAUGAGCUGCGCCCGCGCAACGACCAGCCCGCCUCCGCCUCCGCCUCCGCGCACUCGCACGCCAUCACACGCGCCUUGCUCUCCGCAACUAACAAAAUGCAACUCGAGGAAACAGUAAUAGACGAUGGUGAAUUCAAUAUGGACGAACUGAUGACUUUCAACAGACCACCACUCGACCACGACUACCAGUUGGUGAAGAGCUUCGAGAGCAAACUACCCAGCGGAUACCGCGACCUACCUAUAGAUGAAGAUUGGCCGCCGAAUCUUAAAAAACGUAUGAAAAAAUUAGAAUUUGAUUACGGAGAUGGUAAAGAUUAUCUUUCUAUUGUAAAAGAGGAUAAUUAUGAAAAUUUCCGUAAGAUUGAUUCUAAAAUAGAAACACCUAAACUUUUUGAUAUAGGUGUUAUAAAUGAUGCUCUGUUGGCGACUACACGUAAGUUAGGUGAGUUGUUGAACUCUUCACCAUCAUCAGUGUUGGUGAAGAAUGAAGAUCUAGUUGUUGAAGAAGUGGAUCAUGAUGUAAGGAAUCAUAGUGAAGUUAAAAGUUUCGUUGUCAAUGGAAAUUUAAAUGAAUACUAAAUUGAUUUUGGCUAAUGUCGUAAUUGUUCUGAGAAAAUGGAGUUAAAUGUGACGUCACCAA